UCCGACUCCGACGAGUUUUUCGACCGGUUGAAAUAAAAUCAAUAUGCGUGAGUUCUGUUAGAGCGACCUGGGUGAAUUCCAACUUCAAUGCAUAACAGAGAAGACAGCAAAAACGCUUUCAAAAAGCUGAAGCGGUUCUUUGGUGGUACAAAGUUCCAAGAUAGCUUGUGGUCGUGGGUCGUAUGUUUUUCGGCGGCUAUGUGUAAUGGAAUUAAUCUGGGCUUUACGCUCAGCUUUGGCGUUUUGUUCCCGGAGUUGAUGAGGCACUUUAAUGCCACAAGAGGGAAAACAGCUUGGGUUGGUUCAAUCGGCCUAGCUAUGGUUUGGUUUGCAAGUUUGCCGGCUGGAUACCUGUGCGAUCACUUUGGCUGUCGCAUCACGUGUUUAUUAGGAGGAUUGCUCUGCGUGAUAGGUCUGCUAGCAACUUCCUUUGCCAAUAGCCUCACAGUGAUGUACUUUACAUACGGUUUGGUGUACGGCUUGGGGGCCUGCUUCAUUUAUAACUCUAACUUUUUGGUUGUUGGAAAAUAUUUCAAUAAAAAACUCCCUUUAGCUGUUGGUAUAACAGCACUGGGGUCAAGUGUAGGUGUCCUUUACACAGGCCCGUUGCUUCAGGCUCUUUUGGACGCGUUUGGAUGGAGAAACUCAUUUAGAAUUAUGACGGCAACCUUCGUUCUUGUUUGCAUUUUGAGUUUUAAUUUCAAUCCAAACGUAAUAGAAACAACGAUGGUGAUGAAGGUAAAAUCAGGAACAUUGGACAUGGAGCAAGAAGUUGGAAUUAAGGGCAGAAUCUCUUUUUACUGCAGCGUGUGGACGUUUCCUGUUUACAGUUUUGUCGUCAUUUCUUUGAUGGUGGGAUCUUUUGGAAUGUAUAUUCCAUACAUCAAUCUAGUCAAGUACUGUGAAGAUCUUGGGAUCACGGCGCAGAGCGCCUCUCGACUGUUCAUCUUCAUUGGCCUUACCUCUUCCCUCGCUCGGAUAACUUCAGGAAAACUGUGCAGCUAUCCAAAGAUGAACCCGAUAUUUGUUUAUCAGUCAUCACUGUUUAUCGCUGGUGUAUCUGUACUCCUCUUACCUUUGGCAACCAAAUACUGGGCCUUAGUUGUAUUCAGCUGCGCCUAUGGAAUAAGCGAUGGAAUUUUCAUAACCACACAAUGUUACAUCUUGCUUAGCUGUGUGGAUAAAGAAAGAGCGACGGCUUCAUUUUGUAUCCUCAACUUGCUUUAUUCAUUUUCAGCGGCUACUGGUGGACCUAUUGCUGGUUUGAUGGCGGACCAAAGUGGGAACUAUACCAAUUCGUUUUAUAUGACAGGUGGAGUUCUGAUGUCAGCAUUUGUUAUUCCUUUCGCACUGAUUUUCAUCAACUGUAGAAAGUCUCAAGUCAGUCCAAUGGUGCCAAGAGAAAUGAGUGAUGUGGAACCAACCAUCACUGAUCCAGCACCAAAGUGACUGAGAAGGACUUCACUGUUAGCUAAUUUAAUAGCUACAAAAAAUGCACAUCAUGGCAUCAAAGAUGUUAAUGUACUGCUAACAGUAAAGAGUAUGAUGUUAUUUUUUCUAAAAUCAAACGAAACCGUAAGGCUUCUUUUGCCUGCAAGAACUAUGGAACAAAAUGAUCAGUUCAAACAAUACACGAGAGCAUUUGUCCUAAACCUCUAAAAUAAUUUCGAGCUUUUUAGACAUCGUUACUAUCAGUCACGCAGUCCACAUUUUCAGUAUCACAAGCUCGCGCUGGAGAGCGUUGCCUAACAAAAGUGGGAAAAUACUUUAAUCAAUUUACAGCAAAUAAAUAUAUAUACAUACAAACAUAUAGUUAAAUAGCUGUUGGAAGACCUAGCAACAGGAAUGAACUUCCCUAAUGAUAAAGGCCACCAGAAACUAUAUACAUGAAAACAAGAACAUAAAUAAAGUAUAUACAUAAUGACAGGCAGUAUCGUAAAACGAGUAUAGUAAAAUGCUACAUGUUAAAACUUAGUGCUAACUAAAAUUAAAUAACAAUUACAUUAAAUCACAGCUAUCAAUAGCCAAACAAUAGAGUCUUAGGUCAUUUUGAGCAUAGAAAGUGAUUCCCUUCUCCUAAUAGAUAUAUAGGUAAAUUGUUCCAAAGACGAGCAACUCUGGGAAAAAAAGACGACCUAAAUAAUUCUGUUCUUGCAUAGUUAGUUUUAAAAGUUAGUACAGUGUUCCUUAAAUUAUGGGGUUCAUGCUCAGAAUCAUAAAACUGCAGAUACUUAGAGAUGUCGAGGUCAUAAUAACUAUGCAGGCAUUUGAAUAAAAAAAUGAAGUCUAAAUAGA